AGAGGGAGUUCCCGGGGAAGGGAGACCGUGCCGCGGAGAUCGGCGCUGACCCUUGUUACGUGAUGACCGGCCGUUAGUUUCCCACCUGUCACGUGGCCCCAAUCAACUUUAAUCAGCUUCGCGGAGCGUUGGGCCACUGUCGCUGUAAAGAAGGAUCGGUUGUGCGCCCCUCCCCUCGGCGGGUUUGAGGCGGUGCCUUGGGGUCCUCUCUCCGGAGACAUGGCGGAGCGGGCUGCGCUGCCGCCGUGCGGGGGGCGGCAUCUUUGACCUGCCCCGGGCCGGGUUGGUCGCUGGGCCCCUCUGCCCUCGCUCCGGGCCUCGCCGCGGCCAUGUCCCGAACGUCCCGGUCCGGGGGCUUUUUGCCCCCGCUGUGGCCUGCGCCGCCGGGGGAGCCAGGUGGGGCUUGGCAGGACUGCGAGUUGGAGCCCGGGCCGCCGUGGCCGCCCCGAGGCCAGCCGUGGUGGGCCCAGACGCUCACGGGGCAGGACGGAGAAGAGGCGGAGUGGUCGGGCGGCGGAGCGCGGCGGUCUUCCUUCUCGGGGCCCGGCCUGCCCGCGGCCCUGCGGCGGCUGCGGGCCGCCCUGCUGCGGCUGCAGAGGGAGCGCGAGGAGCUGCUGGUGGCCCGGGACUGCGCCCGCGCGCUGCAGAGCGUGCUGGGCUUCCUGCGGGCCCCGCGGCCGCUGGCCGCCCUGGCCCCGCUCUGCUGGGAGCUGUUCCCGCACGGCCCCUCCCUGCCCCUGCGGGCCCGCGGGGACCCCCAGCUGCCGCCUCCGGCGCGGCCCCUGUCCCUGGCCGUGAGGAGGCUGGACAUGGCCGUGGAAGAGCAGCUGAAGAGCCUGGGCCGGGCUUCCCCCAGCCCCGCCCUGGUGCCCCAGAUCAGCGAGCUGCUGCAGCUUCUCCCCGUCUACCACCAGAUGCUGGCCGGGGCCGGCGGGGGCGACCCCCGAGCAGCCCGGCCCUUCCCUCCCGGCCGGGUGCUCAAACUGUUGGCCCGGGAACGGGGCCGGCAAGGGGCCGAGAGGCUCUGGGCGGCCCUCCGGGAGUCGGAGCUGCGCGCUCAGCUGCACGCGCUUUGCCGGGAAGAGCGGGAGCUGCUCCCUGGGCUGUUGGGCCUGCUGGGAGACACGGGCGCUCCGGGCAGCGGCUCUCGGGGCUUGGGAGGGUCCCGGCAGCUGUGGGGCCAGUACUGGAGUCUCUUCUGGGUGGCGUGUGCCCAGAACCUUGGCCGAAGACUGGGCCCUUGGGAAGACACGCAGAAGGCCGUGCAGGAGCUGAGACAGGCCCUGAACCAGGCAUCCUUGCCACAGGAAUGUGAGAAGGAACUGACUUCCCUCUGCCACUCUCUGCUUCGACAGACACUGACCUGGACAUGGGACCAAGGCUUCUGCCGAGCCUUGGGAUCUGUUCGUGGAGACCGUGGGAUCGUGUCUAUAUCCUGGGAUGGCAGUCCCUGCAUGCAUACCACUGAUCUCCUCCGACAGCUCUUUCCUCUACUCAUCUCUGCCCAUAGAGAACCAGGAUCUGCUUCCUGCCAGUUUCCAGGGCCAGGACCACCACCCUUAGUCCUUGGGCUUUGCACUCUUCAGGCCACCACCCUCUGGCUCCUCGGCAAAUGUCAGCAGUAUCUGGCCUCAUGGGCCCCUGGGCCUCUUCUGCUGCUGACCCAGAGGGAACUGCCUCUUCUCCUGUGUGAGGCAGAGGCCCUGGCAGCCCUGGUUUCUGAAGGGGCAUCUGUACUGGAGCUGAACUGGCAGCUGGGAAAAGAAAUUCGGAGAUUGAUAGCUCAGAUCCAGGUCCUGCCUGAGAAGUAUCUGUGUCUCUUCUCCCGAGAAUGUUGGCGACAAGCAGCUAAGGGUUUCCAGCUCCACAUGCCCCAGGGUCGUCACUGGAAGCUCAGGCUUCGAUCUGAACUUCCCAGCAUCCCCAGUGACUAUGCAGAGUUGGUAGUGGGAGCUGUUCUGGGACCUGUGCUGCAGGGGGUACAGGGAUUGUCCCCCCAGGCCCAAGGGCCCCCACUUACAGAGGCCUUGACUGCACUUCUUGAUGCCUGGCUCAACCACAUUCUCACACAGAAGAUACGGUUCAGCCUGCAGGGAGCACUGCAGCUGAGGCAGGAUUUUGCAGUGGUUCGGAGUUUGCUAGAAGAGGAGCAAUGGGGUCUAUCCCCUGAACUUCGUCAGGCUUUGCUCACACUCGGCAUCUUCCAGCGGGCAGAUGGGGCCCUGUUGUGUCUGCUGCAGCAGCCAGUGCCGAGGAGCCGUACCUAUGGAGGGUCUCCAUGUUGCUGUACCUGUAAUAAGAUCCAGAUCCCUGAACUACCCAGUAGCAGCCUCAACAGCCUAGAGAACCUAGAACCGCCUUCCCUUCGUCCUGGAGUUACUUUUGUCCAAACGGCUCAGCUUCUCAGCAAUCUUCGGGGUGGAGGACCCAACCCCGAGGCUUACCUGGCAGGCAACCAGCAGGCUUGGCUGGCCCUUCGGCAGCACCGAUCCCCACGAUGGCAUCUGCCUGGCUUUCUUUGCAUGAGAACUACUCCUGAACACUGAUAACAGAAUGUGGAAGCUGGGAAAAUAGAGGCCAGAACAACGAGCCCAAAGAAGCCUAGAAUUCUUUAGAUACUAGGGUCUCAGCCAACUCUGGAACCAAAGUGAGAGGCAUCUAGAAGAGCUCACUCCCUUGGAAUCGGCAUGAGCCCAGGGUUUGCAGCUAUAUAGCAAGAGCCUGGAACCCAAAAAUGUACAGGGUUGGAGACCCUGCUCCCAAGAACACUGGGGCCCCAAGCUACAAAUUCAAAGAAAUUGGAGCCCAGGAAAUCUGGACUUUUGUGUAGGUCUAAAGAUUGAGAAUCUCAUGCCCUAGACUAAACAUAAGUAACUGCAGCAACAGCAGGGAAAGAACCAGGAAGUGUUCUGCAUGUAUCUUGGGCAGAAACUGGACACACUGGAGCCAAGGGCUUAAAGACAGAUGCAUCUAGUAGCAUCUUGAGGAUGAGCAACAGUGCAGGCGGGAAGAGUGGCUGCCUCUGCCAAAGCGGUGGGAGCUCAAGGAGAAGUCGGUGGCGGAGGGCUGGAUAGGAGGAAGGCAGUUCCUCCAAGCGGUGAGCAGCGAGAAGGUGCGCGCUUCCAACCUCAACUGCACCGUGCAGGUGGACGUGCGGCACGACGGCU